UAUAAAUGUGGGACCGGAAGUAUCGCUAGGCAGAUGCUGAGUUGCUAGUAUGCUGAUAUUAGAAGCUUCCUGAGGUUGCAGCCCUGAUACUAAUCUGUAAUUGAUAUAUGUAUUCGACAUAUUCUUUCACGUUUGUAGGACAUGGCUGUUCCCAACCUAGAGCUGGACCCACUCUUCCUCAAAGCCUUGGGUUAUCUCCAUUCAAAAAGCAAAGACUCGGCAGAGAAACUGAAAGCCCUGCUAGAUGAGACCUUGGCUAGAGGCGGUGAUUCCAGCUUUCGACAGGCGCAAAAGGACAUUGAAACACCCAAGGUGACUGCCAGCAUCAAAUCCAGUUCAACAAAGCAGGAAUCCAAAGUGUCUUCAUCUCUCUCACUGGGCAACAAUGGUAAAUCCAGCUCCAAUGAGAAAACCAAGAAGGAAGCUGAAAAGAGACCUGGUGAAAAGGUUAAACUAGAUCCUUUGGAGGGAGUUGACCCCCAGAAAAAAGCCAGAUUGGAGAAAGCGGAGAAUCGAUCCUCUCCCAUUACUGUUCAAUCCAGCAAGGAGCUGCCAAUGCCUGACCUACCUGGCUUUGAGAGUGCAGAGGACUUUGCCAUGGAAAUGGGACUGGCGUGUGUCGUGUGUCGCCAAAUGACUGUUACAUCAGGUAAUCAGCUAGUUGAAUGUCAAGAAUGUCACAACCUUUACCACCAAGACUGCCAUAAACCCCAAGUAACGGACAAGGAUGUGAAUGACCCAAGGCUAGUAUGGUAUUGUGCCCGUUGUACAAGGCAGAUGAAGAAAAUGGCACAGAAGACACAAAAGGCUGCUCCAAAAGCUUCCACCUCAGUUGCCAGCGCUGCUCCUUCAGUCAAGGAUCCCUUGGUGAAGAAACCCGAAAUGAAACUUAAGCAAGAGGUGACCACAUUUCAGGCAUUCAAGAGAACAGAAGUGAAGGCAUCUUCAUCUGCUUCUGGGAAUUCCUCCAGUUCAAACACUUCCUCCUCUUCUGUUAGUGGACUUACAGGAUGGGCUGCCUUUGGAGCUAAAACAUCAACUGCAGCACCCUCCACAGCUAAACUGGGAUCGUCUGUGCAAAGCACCAGUGGGAAGCCUGCUGCAUCAUCCAAUAAUCAAAAGGCAGUGGGUCUGUCUGGACUGGCAACAUCCAAAGCAGGGCUGGGGUCAAAAAUGACCACAGGCAUUAGCUCCAGCACUGGACCUAUAAAGCCACCACCUCCCCUAACUCUGGGGAAACCUAGUCUCAACCGAUCAUCCAGCAACGACAAUGUUAGCAAGGUGGGCCUAACUGGACCAAGCAACAGUGGCAGCCAGUCUAAUAGUGGGAAUGGAGGGGGCACGUCCACUGCUACUAACAGCAACAACGGUGCCAAGACUCCCACUGAAGUUGGCAACUCUUCUGUUGUUAAGUUGCCAACCUCUCAAGAGUCGCAGCUUAAUGCUAUGAAACGGCUCCAGAUGGUAAAGAAGAAGGCGGCACAGAAAAAACUUAAAAAGUGAAUUUUAACCUAUUUGAACAGUUGUGCUUCUCUGUUGUCUUUGCGUUUCUGCAUUGAAAAGCAGGCACCUCAUCAUUGCCAAGGAGACCAGAGAAGUUACUUUUACACAGAUAUUGCUUCCUAGUUUUCUUCCAAAGGGAUUUUUUCUGAGCAGUGAUCGAGAGCACAUAGAAACCAAAACUAGGAGCAAGAGUAGGCCAUUCAGCCCCUAAAGCCUUCUGUCCUAUUCAAUAUGAUUUGUGACCCAUCCAACUCAGUAUCCUGUUCCCACUUUCUCUCCAUACCAUUUGAUCCAUUUAGCCCAAGAACUUUAUAACUCCUUAAAAAUAUUCGAGGUUUUGGCCUCAGCUGCUUUCUGUGGCUGAAAAUUCCACAAGCUGACAGCUGUCUCUAAGUGAAUAGAUUUUGCCUCAUCUCCGUCCUAAAUGGCCUACUCCAUACUCUGUGACCGCUGGUUCUGGACUCCCCUGUCAUUGGAAACAUCAUUCUCGUGUUUACCCAGGCUAGUCCUGUUAGAAUUAUAUAGGUUUCUGAGAUCACAAUUCUCUCCUGUCCCAAAAGCCUUCCUAAAAGCUACCCAACAUUUGUUGGUGAGGGGAGGGCCUUUCUCAUUCUGAAUGGGUUCAACCUACAACCUGCAGAAAUAAGAUAUUAAACACGGAGACUUUAAGACAUGGAAAUGGAGAAAUCCUGCUGUCACAUGGUGAAGAAUUCAUUAGUUUUAGAGGUUGACAUUUUUAUCAAUUAAUUUCCUGUCAGUCAUUUUUAUAUAAAGGAAUGUCUGUUCUAAACAGAUUGUUGAUGAAUCGGGUCAGUUUCCUGAUCAAAUGUGUUCUGAAGCAGACCUGGCUGAUUUAAGCAAUGCAGUGUCUGUUUGUAGAGGCCAGUUACCUCUUGUGUGCUGCUCAUUACAAAAAUGGCAAAUGCCUUCUUUCUUAACCCAUUCUGUGGUUUUCCUCAGAUAGCAGACAGAAAACUUACCCUGAAAUUUUUAGUAACUGAGUUCUCAAUAGGCCAAAACCAUAUUGCACUUCUGAAAAUAAAUCUUGAAAGUUGAGUGAGAGACCAGUUUACUGUGAUGUUGAAGACAAGGGAGGUUUGAAAUCUGAGUCAAGUGGACCUUUUUUACAUAUUUUGUCUUGUGUGUAUUACUUUCAAUGGAGAUAUCUCCGGUUGGUGAACUGCACUGGUAUUAAAAAAGAAUUAGUCACA